AUGUCUGCUGCUUUAGUCAACCGCUCUUUGACAACUGUUCGAACAGAGCUUGAGUUCUUGAAGGAUUCAGAAGUUAUCACCGAGGCUUUAUACGACAAGUUAGUCGCUGCACUUCCCACAAAAUACAAAAAGGACGAAAAGCCAUGGGAUGUUGAUGCCUUGCAAAAUAAUGCGGACAGUAGUAGUAAUUAUACAAAUGGCAAUAGUUAUAACAGUACAGAGAAGUUUACGGUGGGUGCAGUAAAAGUUGCUACAGAGCAACAAAAACUACCACCUUCGAACCCAGAUACAGAACCUGCACCUUCAUACAACGACAAGGUAAACCAAAUUUCCGAAUCAUUGUCCAAGACAAAUUUGAAGCCACCUGCAUAUCCCCCAUCUGAUCCAUCACCAGUUGGGUAUUGUAUGGCCUCAUAUGAUUAUAAAGCACAAGAACCAGAUGAUAUUUCACUCACAAAGGGGGAUAAAAUCGCGGUAACCGAACACUUAUCAGAAGAUUGGUGGAAAGGAUACAAGGCAGGUACAGGUCGUGACAAGGCCGGUGUAUUUCCCUCAAAUUACGUUAAGGUGAUCUCUGAACAAGAGUUUAAAUUCUCGCAUAAAGAUGCAGCGGCUCCACCUUCUCCUAACCCAUAUUCUUCUUAUGGUCCACCAGCGCCAUACGGACAACCAUCUCCAUAUAACCAGCCAUCUCCAAUGCCUCAACAACCCUCCUAUGGCGGCGGAUACGGAUUCCCACCUCCACAACAAUACCAGCAACAAUACCAAGUAGCCCCUCAAGCUGCACCUCAACAAGUACAACAAGUUCAACAACAGCCCUCCGGACGCAAUGAGGCAUUCAAAAAGUACGGUAGUAGGUUUGGAGAGGCAGCAUUGUUUGGUGCAGGUGCUUCAGUGGGUGCAAAUAUUGUUAACUCUAUUCUUUAA